AUGUCUUGUGGUCACUGUCGGUAUCCUUCCUCGUGUCACCAUAUUAACGGCUCUUGUUUAACUGGGUGUAAACAAGGUUACCAAGGGACAUACUGUCGACACGAAUGUGGGCCAUAUACCUAUGGGUACGAUUGCAUGCAAAACUGCAGUGAAACUUGUGCUAAUAAUACGUGUAACUCCUUCUCUGGGAAAUGUACAAUAUAUGGGGCCUUCACUCAGAAUAAUGACGAAGACGAUCAGGCUGCAGUCAUUGGGGGAAUUACAGGAGCUUUGGUUGCCGGCCUUGUAAUUGUGAUCGUUGUGCUGAUGUUGAGGUGCCAUCUACUCACAGACAUAGGGAACAAGCAAAAGUCUACAAGGGCAGUAAAGUAUACUAAUAGAGAUGGGGAGGAAAACGUUAUUGGCAUUGUUUCCAAAACCUCAUCGUCCUCAAAAUGCCUGAAAAAUAAAACUUCCAUGACAAACAAAGAUGAAAAAUCCCUGAUGCGUAAAAAAGUGGAUAACGUGGUGGACAUUGACGAGGAUGAAAUAAUACACGCAGAAAACCCGUAUGGUGAAAUGUACAUGAAUAAUACAACCACACCGGAUAUUCCAAUGAGUCGGUUAGAGCGUAUCAUUUCUGAGAAAACCAAAGAUGAUAAUGACGGAUUCCAGAAAGAGUAUGCGACAUUGCCUUAUGGCGAAAAUCAUAAAUGUGACAUUGGAAAGAGGAGUAAUAAUAUUCCUAAAAACAGAUUUAAGACAACGUUCCCUUAUGACCAUUCAAGGGUCAUAUUAAAGACUGAGGCGGGAUCAGACUACAUAAACGCAAACUAUAUUGAAGGCGCUGCAAGAGAUAAUGAAUACAUCGCUUCACAAGGACCAAAACAAAACACUGUCGGUGAUUUUUGGACGAUGGUUUGGCAAGAAAAUGUCUCUGUUAUUGUGAUGCUGACGAAUCUAAAGGAAAGAAAUAAGAUCAAGUGUACUCAGUACUGGCCAGAUGGAAACACACACAUAAACUAUGGAACUGUGUCAGUAAAAAUGAUCGAAGAAAAAGAGUAUGUAUUCUACAUUGUACGAAAAAUGACUGUAAUCCAUACGGAGACAAAGAAAUCACGUGUGGUGACCCAGUACCAUUAUACAGCUUGGCCUGAUCAUGGCACACCUGAUCCUCUCUGUCUUGUUGUCUUCCUUGGUCACGUGACAAGAACAGGGACCAAUCAGAAAGACUCUCCUACUGUUGUGCAUUGCAGUGCUGGAAUAGGUAGAACGGGGACAUACAUAGCAAUAGACGUUCUCAACCACAUAGGAAGAAAGACAGGGAAAGUAAACGUAGCAGAAUAUGUCAAGAAGAUGAGAAAAAACAGGAUGAAUAUGGUCCAAACAUAUGAGCAGUACAUCACUAUUUUCCUUGCGUUAAACGAAAUAUACAAAUCUCCUGUGAAUGUAAACACAAUUGAAGAGUUUACUGAAAAGGCGCAAUCUAUCACAAUGGACAAACCAGCCAAUCAGAGCGAACUACAUAAAGAAUUCCAGCUUUUGAUGAAAGUACGACCAACAUACACCGACUCUGAUUACAAAAUAGCUAAAGAAGGCUGUGGUGGUGAACACACGAAUAGUAUACUACCUCUGGACAAAUACAGUGUCCAUCUCUCAUCUGUUGUGUCAAAACGAGGAAACUUCAUCAACGCAAUAUGUGUACCAUCAUAUACAAACAGAAGAGGGUUCAUAGUGACGCAGUAUCCAUCGACAGAGGACGCUGCAGACUUCCUACGCUUGCUCAAUGAUGAUGAAUCUGACACUGUAAUUUGUAUGGAACCACUCAAUGAGAUUGAUUCGAGUACGGCAUGGUUACCAAGUCCAUCUUCUUCCAAGGUAGUAACUCCUUUUACUGUUCACUAUCAAUCAAAGACCGGAACUUACGUCAUAAGUACUAUUAUUCACGUCAUACAGAAUAAUAGUGAGGAGGAAGCUCAGCCAGUUACGAUAAUAGAACCGAAAGUCGCCAUCAAAACAUCCGGAAACCCUCUAGACACAUCCCAGCUUAGAGGCCUCGUAUGUGUUGCCCUGAGUUCUGAGAAUGAGAAACCCAUUACAGUUGUCAGCAAAGAUGGUGCAUCCCUGUGUGGUGUUUUCUGUGCCAUCCAUAACGUGUUACAACAGAUUAACAUGGAUGACAGGGUCGAUGUCUUCACUGUCGUCAGACAGCUUCAAGUUCGAAGACCAGAGUUGUGCGCUAAUCUUGAUGAGUAUGGUCUGGUCUUUCGAUCAGUAUAUGAUCACAUACAAAGUUCCACGGAAAAUAUUUACAGCAAUCAGUAA